AUGUACAAUUCAAACAUCAUCAAAGAACACAGCAAUUCAAUUGAAACACCAAAAUGGCUGAUAAAGAAGUGCGUAAAGCUUGAGAGCUAUGAUAGUGAACCAUUACUUACAAUCACCAGGUUACUGCUUUUGUUAUUGAUGUUGACUCCUCAAUGGGGUCCCAACAUGGUGGACGUCAAACCAUUUUUCAAUGAUUUAAAACAAUAUGAUGUUCAACCAACCUUAAAAGAAUUAAAAGAUGAAGAUAGAUCAGGUAUAGUAAGAGCCUUAUUGUUAACAAUUCAAAAUAUGAAUAAUUUUGUGAAGAAAUUAAAAUAUAAGAAAAACAUUGUAUUAGUGACAAAUUCUCGUACAACUCCAGAAUUAGAUGAAGAAUAUUCUAAUGCAAUAGUGGAAUUAAUCAAUGGUGCAAAUAUAAAUUUAGUACUGAUUGGUGUUGAUUUCCAUGAUGGUACUGAGAUUGAAGAUUUUAAAAGAAAUAUUAAAAGUUGGGAAUCAUUAUUUCAAGCAUUACCAGAUUCAACUUUAAUGACUGGUAAAGAUGCUGAUAAUGUUGUUAAUUAUCCAAACCCUAAAAUUGUUCGCCCUGUUAAGACUUUUAGUGGAGAAUUUAGAAUUGGUGCAAAUUUAAUAGAUAAAGAUUUUAAACCACAUGAUGAUUUAAGUUGUGUUUGUUUUAAUGUUGAUGGAUACCCAGCAACUAAGAUUGAUAGACCACAACCAAGGAAAACUUUUGCUUUAAAUAAACAAGAUGAACCUGAACCAAUUUCAAUAUCAACAGAAUAUGAAAUACAUCUUUAUACAAAUGAUUUUGAUAAUGAAAAUGAAUUACAAAAUGCAGAUGAAGAAGAUCUAGAAUCAAGACCAUUUGAAGUACAACCAAUUGAAAAGGAAAAUUUAGUUAAAGGUUAUAAAUAUGGUAAAAACACUGUGGUAUUACCUCCAACAUUAGAUGAAAAACGUAAAUAUUUAACAGAACCUGGUAUUGAUAUAAGAGGUAUUGUUUCAUCUCAAAAAAUUCCAAGAUGUUAUUUAACUUCAGAGGCAACAAUAAUCCUUGGUGCUAAACAAAGUGAAGCAGAUACUCGUGCAUUGGGGGCAUUCGUUGAUGCUUUAACAGAGUUGGAUUCAUUUGCUUUAGCAAGAUAUGUUGCCAAAAAAAAUGCAGAAGUUCAAAUGGUUGUCUUGAUACCUGUAUAUAUUAAAAAAAAUGGUGGAUUAACAAAUAAAAGAAAAAAUGAUGAUGAAAAUUUGGAAGAUAUUAGAGGAUUAAUCUUAACAAGAUUACCAUUUUAUGAAGAUGAAAAAAUUGCUACAUUCCCUUCAUUAACUGAAGUUAUUACAACAAGUGGUAAAACUAUAACAGAAAAUCAUAAAUUAUUACCAAGUGAUGAAGUUAAAGAAUUGAUGGAUGAUCUUGUAACAACUAUGAAUUUAGAUUCAACAAAUGAAACUGAUUUUGAUGGUGAUAAAAGAAUUUUCAAUCCAUUAGUUGCAGAUACUCAAUUACCUUUACUGAAACCAUUAGGAAAUCAUGAUAAUUUAGUUAAAAGAUCAACAGGGAUACAUCGUGUUAAUUUAGCAUUGAAAGAUAUAGCUAUAAAAGGUGCUGUUCAUGACGGUGGUCUUGAAUCAUAUUUGGAACAAGAUGAUAUAAUACCUCCAAUUAGUGAACAAUUAAAAGCAGAUACCUUGAUGAAAUACAAGCAAAAGAAGAAGAAGAAGAUGACAUUUCAUUAG